AUGCGUUCCGCCAUUGUCCUCGCGGGCACUGCCGCCCUUGUGGCCGCCCACCCCAAGACCAACGGCACCUGCACCGCCGACGCCUGCUACCUCGACGUCAUCAACCCCAAGUACGGUGCGGGAGUUGCCGUUAGCCUGUGCAAGAACCUCCUGGGCCCCAACCCCUCAGGACUGCCCGCCGUCUGGUGUGACGCCUGCCAAACCGAUGCUGCCCGUAUCUCCUCGGCUUGCUCUUGCGUCAUGUACUCUGCCACUCAGACCGCAUCGUCUACCUCGGCUGCCGUGACCCUGCCCCCGGUCUCUGCGACCGUCACCAGUGCCAGCGCCGCAGCCACAACCACCGCUGCUGGCGGAGAUGAGGACGAGGACUGCGAUGACGAGGAGUCUGGCACCACGGCCGUUUCUCCUGCCACCUCGGCCACUGGCAGCACUAUUACCGCCACUGGUCCCGUCGUCACUGGCCCGGCUACUACUGGUUUCUUUAACUCGACCACCACCGGCUUUUUCAACUCGACCAAGACCAGCUCGGGCGCUGUGCCCACCACCACCGACGACGAGAACUGCGAUGAGGACGAGUCCACCACCUCGGCCAUUGGCAGCAUUACUACCGCCACUGGCCCCGUCGUCACUGGCCCGGCUACUACUGGUUUCUUUAACUUGACCACCACCGGCUUUUUUAACUCGACCAAGACCCGCUCGGGUGCUAUCCCUACCGGCACUGAUGAUGAGGCCUGUGAUGAGGAAGAAUCUAGCACUUCGGCUACUGGCAACACUGCUACCGCCACUGGCCCUGUCGCCACUGGUCCGGCCACUACCGGUUUCUUCAACUCGACCAUCGGCUUCCCCAACGCCACCAUCAGCGUUUCUCGUCCCCCGGUCGCCGUCACCACCAAGACCAGUUCGGGCGCUCUUCCUACCGGCACUGAUGAUGAGGCCUGCGAUGAGGAGGAGUCUAGCACCACGGCCGUUUCUCCUGCCACCUCGGCCACUGGCAGCACUGCUACCGGCACUGGCCCCGUUGCCACUGGUCCUGCCACCACCGGUUUCUCCAACUCGACCAUCAGCUUCCCCAACGCCACCAUGAGCCUCUCGCGUCCCCCGGUCGCCGUCACCACCUCCUCGGUGCAGAUGACCACCUCGACCGUCUACACGACCGCCAUCCACACCGUCACCGCUUGCCCUCCCACGGUUACCAACUGCCCUGUCAGGGACCAGAUCACCACCGUCGUGACCUCGGUCGUCGCUGCCUACACCACCGUCUGCCCCGUCACCGAGGCCGGCUCUAAACCCACUGGUCCCGCCGGUGGUAACGUUCCCGUCCCUACCAGCCCUGCCGGCGGUGCCCAGCCUUCUGGCCCUGCUGGUGGCUCUCAGCCUUCCGGUGGUGUCCACCCCUCUGGCCCUGCUGGCGGUGCCCAGUCCACCGGUCCUGCUGGUGGUAACGUCCCCGUGCCCUCUGGUACCGCCGGCGGCUCUCAGCCUUCUGGUGGCGCCCAGCCUUCUGGUCCUGCUGGAGGUGCCCAGUCCACCGGCCCUGCUGGCGGCAACGUUCCCUCGGUGACCCCCUCGGCUGGUCUGACCACCUCCACUGGCACCAUCACCGCCACCUCGACCCGCUACACCACCAAGACCCGCACCCUGACCAAGUGCAAGAGCGGCACCGUCAACUGCCCUGCCGAGGACCAGACCACCUCGCUUGUCACCGAGACCUAUGCCGUCUCGGUCACCCCCGUUCCCGCCAAGCCCACCACCGUCGCCCCGGUCGUCUCUAAGCCUCCCUUCGCUGCCGGCAACGGCACCUUCCCCUCCGGCGCCAGCUCUAUCGUGAGCCCCGUCCCCGUCGGCACCGGCUCUGGCGCCAACCCCGCCCCCGUCGCGUCCGGCACCCCCUCGGUCCCCAACCCCAUCAACAACGCCGCCCCUUCGGCCAGCGUCCCCCAGUCCAACACCCCGGGCAGCAACGGCACUGUCCCCGUCACCCCCAGCCAGCCCUCGGCUGCGCCGUCGUCGGCCACCAGCCAGACUCCCGCUGGCACCUCGCCCUCGGUGCCCGUCUCCACCGCCGGUGCCAGCCACGUCGUCGGUGCCGGAUUCGGCAUGGCCGUCGCCGCCGCCUUUGCCGUCUUCUUCCUGUAA